UGGUAGGGAGGGAGGGAGGCAGGUGAGUGAGGGAGGUGGUAGACGUUACACUUGCCUGCUGCUGGUGUUCUCUCUCGGCACCCAACAGUUUUCAAAACCUCCUGCGGCUACUGAGGCGCCAUACAGCUCCUCCCUGUACCUCUCCCUCACACGGUCCUCAUAGAUAACUGCUAAAACAAACUUGGCUCCUAAUAAGCAUGCCAAAGAGUACACGACAUCAUGUACUCAGUAAAGUACUCAUCAUUGUGUGUAUAGCAUCUGCAUUAGACAAUGACGUCACCACUCUUGUUUGCUCAGGACAAUCCAACUGUCAUAUUGAAUGAAAGUCAAGAGCUGUUUAAGAUUAUGUCUGGACUCCAGAGCCUUCCCCCUCUUGUUACCAGUAACUACCAUCACCAAACUACUGCUGGUGUUGAGACAAAAGAUCUACACUUAAGUGAGGAUGACUUGGUUACUGGUGUAGAGAGAAUGGAAGGAAUAUCCCUGGAGUAUGAGGACUCCACUCCGAUUUCACGCUUAACACACCCAACCACAGAACCCUUCACUCAAGAUACUACUGAUUUAACAGCAGAUCAGGAACUGUUUACUGAAUCCAGAAAUGAGAACCCUUUUGUUACUACAGAAUCAGUAAAAAAUUCUACUGAUUUUUAUGACAUUUACCGAUAUGUCACUUUUCUUGAAUCAAAUGAAAAUUCAACAGAUUUUAAUAAUAAAAAUAUUCCAGUUUCUCCAGGAAGUCCUGAACAUAUUCCUCAGAAUUAUAUUAAUAAGACAGCAACUAUAACUCAAGGUGGUAGGAGUUUGAAAGAAAUUAUUGAUGACUUAAGUAAUGUUAGGAAGGUGAAGUCUGAGAGUGAGCACACAGGAGUCACAACAAAUAUUCCAACUACAGAAAUUACUGUCCAUACAAGAGGAGGAACAAGGAGGCAGAAAUAUGUCCGAGUGCCUCAUCUUAGUACUGAUGCUACUCUAGAUGAGGAAGAUUAUGAUUGGUCAGCAUCUACACUACCAAAUCCUGCUUCUGAUGAUUGGUCAGCAACCACACUACCAACUGCUGCUUCUGGUGAUUGGUCAGCAACCACACUACCAACUCCUGUUUUCGAUGCUGAUGAUUGGUCAGCAACCACACUACAAACUCCUGCUUCCGAUGCUGAUGAUUGGUCAGCAACCACACUACAAACUCCUGCUUCCGAUGCUGAUGAUUGGUCAGCAACUACACUACCAACUCCUGCUUCCAAUGCUGAUGAUUGGUCAGCAUCUACACUACCAACUCCUACUUCCGAUGCUGAUGAUUGGUCAGCAACCACACUACAAACUCCUGCUUCCGAUGCUGAUGAUUGGUCAGCAACUACACUACCAACUCCUACUUCCGAUGCUGAUGAUUGGUCAGCAACCACACUACCAACUCCUGUUUUCGAUGCUGAUGAUUGGUCAGCAACCACACUACAAACUCCUGCUUCCGAUGCUGAUGAUUGGUCAGCAACUACACUACCAACUGCUGCUUCUGAUGAUUGGUCAGCAACUACACUACCAACUCCUGCUUCCGAUGCUGAUGAUUGGUCAGCAACUACACUACCAACUCCUGCUUCUGAUGCUGCUGAUUGGUCAGAAACUACAACCAUUAUCUCAGAUUUAGCGAACAGUACAGACACAAGAGAACAGGACUUCUUACUUGAAGCAUCACCAGUCACAGAGGCAGGGACAGAUCCCACCAAAAAUCCUUUAGAUGAUCUUGCAAAUUUUGAUAUAAGAAUAAUGACAACAAGGAAGGGAUUACAAGUAGAUGCCCAUGAUGUGGUAUUUGACCCUAGUCAGAUAGCUAAAGCAACAAGUUACGAAGGCUCAUCCUACUCCACAGCUACGAGAAGUGCAACAGUCACUACUUGGGUUGAUCCUGAGAAUAGGCAUUUGUUUAGUCAACAACAAAAUUUAAUGAAUUUGACAAAAUCAGAAAACAUAGAAGAUUCAGGAAAAUUUGAAAUCGUAACAAAGUCUGAAAUGUUUUUUGAAUAUAACCCUGACACUGAAGUGACCACUGAUGUCCCAGAGACUGGUGCUACAGUUACCUCACAUUUAGAGUUAUUACCUAAAGCAAAAACUGAAUUUACAUCUGUGGCUUCAGACUUUGUACAUAAUAGUGAGACUGAAUUGGAAAACAAAGAACUCCCUGAAGUGACUACGAAAAAUUCUGUCUUGAAUAAUGGCAUAAAUAAAAAUAUUACAGAGGUUAUUCCUACUCUAAGAUAUAAUGUAACAGACUUUGGAAAUGAUGCUCAAAUACUGGUGAAAGAUAGUAAGAACAAGUCUGAAGACUCAUUAAUAUAUGGAAUACCAGUGGCAGAUACUAGCAGGGAGUCUGGCACACACUUGACCCCUUCUGUUGUAAUAGCAUUAUCAGUUUGUUGCAGUAUUGUUCUCCUGCUAGGAAUGAUCUCCAUUUUCUUGUGGUUAUGUCGCCGACACAGAAAUAGAAGUAAAAUUUAUUUAAGCCAUGAAGCUACAAAACCAAGAGCUUUUUUCACAAAACCAAUGAACCCAGCUUUGCUUCCUAAUGAAAAUAUUGCAGAGACUGUAUAUAUGUUAGAGUUUCAAAAACCAAGAGCUCCAGUUAUGUUAAGUGAUGACCAAAGAGACUUGUAUUUUAUUGAACGCUCACCUGUUAACGAGUCUUCACAAGUAGAAAAUACCAGCAUUGGUGUUGAAAAUAAUGGCUUUAGUGAUAUACCUCUUAAUGAAUCAAAAACAGAACAGAUACAAAAUAGUAACAAAAUUAGUGGUCAAGAUCCACCAAAGUAUGACUUAAAGUAUAAGUGUGAGAGUGACAGUGACUCGGGCAUUAAGGUGUGGUCGUCGACGGGUUCACUGUACACGGCUGCCUCGCAGCUCACCCAGUGUUCUCUCCCACCGCCUCCUUACUCUCCGUCUGUUGGUGAAGAAUCUCUUUGUCUUUCAGUUCAUUCUCUUCCUUCAUUGUCCAAGAAACUAGGAAUGUUAAAUGUAUAACUAUCAUCCCAACUGAAGUACAGGUACUGUUCUUUACUGUACUCUGAAUAUUAAUGUUAAAUCUCAAGUGUGUAUGUAAAUAAGUAUUUAUUGUACAGGUUGGUGUGUUUCAGGUUUGUCAAGUUAUCAGUCAGUUAUGUUCAAUCUCAAGUCAAAAUUUAUUUUGUGAAAAUUAAAGUUAUAGAAUAUACAAAGUGCUUGGGUAUACUUAGACUGUGAAACAGGCCGGUGUAGAUACAGUGAUAGACUUCCAAGUAAAAAAAGCCAAACUGCUUCAUUUAUUAAGACAAAAUAAAGAGAAUAAUGUGU